AUGCUUCAGGCGCAUCGCGUUGCGCUCAUGCGACUGGCCAGAACCGCUGGUCUGCAGCAUGGGUCUACCUAUGCUGGUCGCAUGCUGUUGGGCCAGGCGCGUUGGCGAGUCGCCAGCGGCGCGUUGGUUGGCCUCGGCCUUUCUUGGUUGGAAUACCCCUCGGCCACACUUUCAUUUCCCAGCCGAGUCGCGCUGCCCUCGGCGUUUGCAGGCAAACCCCUACCAAGCAUUCUCCGGCGUGAGGAAAAUGUGGUGCUCCGAUCCGGAGCUACACGCGCCAACCCCGAAAGCCGCGAGCACCAUCACCAAUUCGCAUACUGA